GAACAGGCCGCGCUUAAUGGCUGCAGGAAGCGUAGCGAGGCCGGCUGCCAUCGCCCUCUCUGUGACAUAUGCGGCGGAGGGCUGAGGACGGCCAGGAAGGACGGCUAGUGUUAGACCAGUGUGAACAUUUUGGCUAAUCAAUCACUGUCAACAUCUUCAACUUUUGCAUAUUCUCAGUGAAUGUUCAUGUCGCAAUUUCCAGAGGCAUUCUCUUUAGCACACGUACUGGAUAUUAGAUGGACCAAUGACAAAGGAAUUCAUUGAGAUGACAUAGUCUAGGAAGCGAGACCAUGGUGCAAAAGAAGAAGAGCUGUCCUCGCUUACUUGAUUACCUUGUGAUUAUUGGAGCCAGGCAACCAAGCAGUGAUAGUGUGGCACAGACACCUGAACUACUGCGCCGUUACCCCCUGGAAGACCACACUGAUUUCCCACUGCCUCCAGAUGUAGUCUUUUUCUGCCAGCCAGAAGGAUGCUUAAGCGUGCGGCAGAAGCGGAUGAGCUUGAGAGAUGAUACUUCCUUUGUCUUCAUGCUCACAGAUAAAGAUACAGGCAUCAUCCGCUAUGGGAUAUGCGUUAACUUCUAUCGGUCCUUCCAGAAGCGUAUUUCCAAGGAGAAGGGUGAAGGUAGUGGUGGACAUCGUGUCCGAGAUGGACAGAAGGCACCCAAAUCUGGGGAUGCUUCCACUGUGCAAGAAGAAAGAGCUAAUGAAAGUUUAGAGAGCGGUGUCUCUCUGAAGCCACAGAGCACAGAGUCAGUUCCUGAUACAAACCGUUCCCCUCGGAGUAAACCAUCAGCAAAAGGCACUCAUCGUUCUCGUAACAGUACCUUGACCUCCCUCUGCAUUCUUAGUCACUAUCCCUUUUUUUCUACCUUUCGUGAAUGUCUGUACACUCUGAAGAAGCUGGUGGACUGCUGCAGUGAGAGGCUCUUAGGCAAGAAGCUUGCAAUCCCUCGAGGAGUGCAGAGGGACACCAUGUGGCGGAUUUUCACAGGCUCACUGCUUGUGGAGGAGAAAUCUAGUGCUUUGUUACAUGAUUUGCGUGAAACCGAGGCUUGGAUUUAUCGACUUCUUCGCUCACCUGUGCCAGUUGCUGGACAGAAGCGUGUGGAUGUGGAAGUCUUACCUCAUGAAUUGCAGCCAGCUUUGACGUUUGCCCUCCCUGACCCUUCCCGCUUUUCUCUGGUGGAUUUCCCUUUGCAUUUGCCCUUGGAGCUGCUAGGUGUGGAUACCUGCUUGCAAGUACUCUCCUGCAUUCUUCUGGAACAUAAGGUAGUACUGCAGUCUCGCGAUUACAAUGCUCUAUCCAUGUCUGUGAUGGCAUUUGUGUCCAUGAUCUAUCCAUUGGAAUACAUGUUCCCUGUGAUUCCUCUCCUUCCUACCUGCAUGGCUUCUGCAGAACAGCUACUUCUAGCCCCAACACCUUAUAUUAUUGGAGUCCCAGCAAGCUUCUUCCUUUAUAAAUUAGAUUUUAAAAUGCCAGAUGAUGUAUGGCUGGUGGAUCUAGACACCAACAAGGUCAUUGUUCCUACAAAUGCUGAAUUACUGCCUGCUUUGCCAGAACCAGAAGUUUUAGAACUGAAAAAGCAUCUGAAGCAGACUCUGAUUAGCAUGUCUGCAAUCAUUCGGCAACAACUGCUCACGCCUGAAAAAAAGGCUUUGGCCAGCAUGAGUUUGAAUACCCAGCCUAUUCUUAACUUAGAAAAGUUUCAUGAAAGUCAAGAAAUCCCAGUGCUUCUGGGAAGACCGCAGAAUGACCCGCAAUCUACACCGUCCACAGAGUUCAACCCAUUAAUCUAUGGCAAUGAUGUAGAUUCAGUGGAUGUGGCCACUAGGGUUGCUAUGGUGAGAUUCUUCAAUUCACCAAAUGUUUUACAAGGAUUCCAGAUGCAUACCCGCACACUUCGUCUCUUCCCCCGGCCUGUGGUUGCAUUUCAGGUCAAUUCCUUUUUAGCUUCACGACCAAAACAGACACCCUUUGCAGAAAAAUUGUCCAAGACACAGGCAGUAGAAUACUUUGGGGAGUGGUCUCUCAAUCCCACUAAUUAUGCUUUCCAAAGAAUCCACAACAAUAUGUUUGACCCAGCUCUGAUUGGUGAUAAGCCAAAGUGGUAUGCUCAUCAGCUGCAGCCAAUCCAUUAUCGUGUUUAUGACAGCAAUUCUCAGCUAGCUGAAUCAAUGAAUGUCCCAGCUGAUAGAGAAACAGAUUCAGAUCCGACUGAUGAUAGUGGGAGUGAUAGUGUGGACUAUGACUCCAGCUCUUCUUAUUCAUCCCUUGGUGACUUUGUUAGUGAAAUGAUGAAAUGUGAUAUCAAUGGUGAUACUCCAAAUGUGGACCCACUAACUCAUGCAGCUUUGGGUGAUGCAAGUGAAGUGGAGUUUGAUGAUUUCCAGGAGUACUCAGCAGAUAUGGAUGAACAGGCUCCAGACAGUGAGAAUUCCCAAGAUAAUAACCAACCUCGGUCAAGUUCAAGCACUACAGCCAGCAGUAGUCCUAGCACUGUUAUCCAUGGGGUGAAUCAUGAAUCAGCUGAUUCAGCAGAAGUAGAAGAGAAGAUGAUAGCUGGAUUUUCAAAUCACCUUUCCAGCUUGCCUUUACAGCCAAAUUUUCCCAAGGUGACUGUGGAUCAUCAUGAAAGCGAGAGUCCUUCAUUCAGCUUGAGCUCCGCAGAAGGAAUGGUGAAGAAACGAGAGUAUGAUAAUCCAUACUUUGAACCACAGUAUGGAUUCCCAGCAGAAGAGGAGGAAGAUGAGCAGGAAGAAAGUUAUACUCCAAAGUUCAAUCAGAAUCUCAAUGGCAAUAGGCCUCCAAAACUUUUGCGUCCCAAUAGUUUAAAGCUGGGUAAUGACUCUGAUGCAGAAUCGGAUUCGCAUGCCAGUUCCCCAAAUUCUACAGUCUCCAACAACAGCAGUGAAGGUUUUGGGGGUAUUAUGUCUUUUGCCAGUAGCCUGUACAAAAACCACAGCACAAGCUUUAGUCUCUCCAAUUUAGCACUUCCAACCAAAGCUGUGAGAGACAAAACCACUCCAUUUCCUAGUCUAAAAGUAUUUGGGCUAAAUACUAUAAUGGAGAUUAUUACUGAAGCUGGGCCAGUAAGCAAUGAAGGAAACAGGCGAGCACUGGUCGAUCAGAAGUCUUCUGUUAUAAAGCACAGCCCAACAGUGAAAAGGGAAUCUCCUUCACCACAAGGACGAACCAGUAAUUCCAGUGAAAAUCAGCAGUUCUUGAAAGAGGUGGUGCACAAUGUCCUAGAUGGACAAGGAAUUGGUUGGUUAAACAUGAAGAAAGUACGUCGUCUCUUGGAAAGUGAGCAACUCCGUAUGUUUGUAUUAAGUAAGCUUAAUCGCACUAUCCAGUCAGAGGAGGAUGCUCGACAGGAUCUUGUCCAGGAUGUGGAGAUUAACCGAAAGGUUUACAAAGGAAUGCUGGAUUUACUAAAAUGUACAGUAUCAAGCCUUGAGCAGUCAUAUGCAAAUGCUGGACUUGGAGGCAUGGCAAGUGUAUUUGGCUUGCUAGAAAUAGUUCACACUCAUUACUAUAACAAAGAGCCUGAAAAAAGAAAGCGAAGCCCAACAGAUGGAGCAAUCACUCCGGUUGGCAAAGAUCCUAUUUUAGCCAGGAGGGUGGAACCGAAACCCAAGGUGCAACUACAAGUACCUCAGCUCAUGCCAAGGGCACCAGGCCUUUCAGGGAAAGGGCCAAGGGAAUUUGACACAAGGAGUUUAAAGGAGGAAAAUUUUGUAGCUUCUAUUGAAUUGUGGAACAAGCACCAGGAAGUGACAAAACAAAAAGCUUUGGAAAAACUGAGGUCAGAAGGUACAAAACACUUUUUUGACUUGGGAGAGACAGAUGAAAAGAAAUCCCAGAUUAGUGCUAACAGUGGUCUAAGCUUAACCUCUAGCUCUCAGAAGAGUGAUCUGGAUUCUGUGGCAAGUGUGGGGCCUGCUGUUAUGAUCCGAAGCACCAGCCAAGAUUCUGAAGUUAGCACAGUGGUGAGCAACAGUUCUGGAGAAACGCUUGGAGCAGAUAGUGACCUAAGCAGCAAUGCUGGCGAUGGCCUUGGUGGAGAGAUUAGUGGAAAUUUAACAGGAUCACGAGGCACUGUCUCAGACAGUGAAAUUGAAACAAAUUCUGCUACCAGUGCUAUAUUUGGCAAAUCUCAGAGUAUGAAAAAAGCAAUAAAAGAUAAUAAAUGCAGCAGCCCUGGAAGAGUUCCAGAAGAUGCAAGUCAACGAGUUUAUCUCUUUGAGGGUCUACUUGGGAGGGAUAAAGGAUCUGUCUGGGACCAGUUAGAGGAUGCUGCCAUGGAAACCUUCUCUAUGAGUAAAGAGCGUUCAACUCUGUGGGAUCAGAUGCAGUUCUGGGAAGAUGCUUUUCUGGAUGCUGUGAUGUUAGAAAGAGAAGGGAUGGGAAUGGAUCAGGGGCCUCAAGAGAUGAUUGACAGAUAUUUUUCUUUAGGAGAACAUGACCGAAAACGUUUAGAAGAUGAUGAAGACCGUUUGUUGGCUACUUUGCUUCACAAUAUGAUUGCAUACAUGAUUAUGAUGAAGGUGCAGAAGAAUGAUAUUAGGAAGAAAGUACGCCGUUUGAUGGGGAAAUCUCAUAUUGGCUUGGUUCAUAGUCAAGAAAUAAAUGAAACACUUGACAAAAUUGCCAACAUAUCUGGCAGGGAGCUCCCCAUCCGACCAAGUGGCAGUAGACAUAUUAAGAAACAAACAUUUGUUGUACAUGCUGGCACAGAUACAACAGGGGACAUAUUCUUCAUGGAGGUAUGCGAUGACUGCAUUGUGUUGAGAAGCAACAUUGGCACUGUGUAUGAACGUUGGUGGUACGAAAAAUUGAUUAAUAUGACAUACUGCCCCAAAACAAAGGUGCUUUGUCUUUGGAGAAGGAAUGGACAGGAAACACAGCUAAAUAAGUUCUACACUAAAAAGUGCCGGGAAUUAUAUUAUUGUGUAAAAGAUAGUAUGGAAAGAGCAGCUGCAAGACAACAGAGCAUAAAGCCAGGGCCUGAACUUGGUGGGGAAUUUCCCGUACAGGAUAUGAAAACUGGUGAAGGAGGCCUUCUCCAAGUCACACUGGAAGGAAUUAAUUUGAAAUUCAUGCAUAGUCAGGAGCGGAAGGUUUUCAUAGAGCUGAAUCACAUUAAAAAGUGCAAUACAGUGCGUGGCGUCUUUGUCCUGGAAGAAUUUGUUCCUGAAACUAAAGAAGUGGUGAGCCACAAGUACAAGACACCAAUGGCUCAUGAGAUCUGCUAUUCGGUAUUGUGUCUCUUCUCCUAUGUGGCAGCAGUGCGUGGGAAAGAGGUAGAAGGCAAAAGCAAACCACCUCGUCCGGUGUCCAGCUGAUCAACGUUAUUGUUGGGAAAGGCAUUGCCAUGCAAUUGUCUCCUUUCUUUUGCAGUUAUACAGGCUCACACGAAAACUGUUUGUAUAUGGCCCCAUUCAUUUGAGUAUAUUAGUCUGCAAAUCCACUUUAUGGAAAUCAAACUUUCAUAAGCAUAUUCAGGCCUGUGCUUAAGGUAUUCUUCUAAGCAGUUGCAUUCUGUUUAUCACUUUCUCUUUUGCAUCUAGUUUGUCGAGAUGGCUCACAUGACAUUCCCUUACUUUUAUUGGCAGUUAUAUAUGAUAACUGCCAAUUGAUAAGCAUAUGUCUUCUGUUUCAGAUUUUUUAUUAUGUGCAUUGUGCAAGCCACUGACUCUUGCUUGGAUCACCCACUGGUGCUGUUGUUCAGAUGCUUACUUUUAUUUCCUUUCUUGCUUUCCAUGCUUAAGUUGUCAUUAGAGAAUCCUGGCCAAUAUCCCUUUUGUAGACUUCUUCAACCCUAACCCCAUCAAGGGUUGGAAUAUAUGUAUAUUUUCUGUCAUUGUGUCAUCAAAGGAAUGGCUAAAGAUCAUAAUGCAGGAGUGAUUAAAUAGUGAUCUAAUGAUCAGCAUGCAUGUACUGUACAUACUAUUUUAAACAGAAGACAACAAUUUUGCUGACAUUCCAGUUCAGUUCACUAGUAUAUACUCAUAGACAUAAAUAGAUUUCUUUAUGAUAAGUGUAUAGAAUUAAAUGAGGACAGGAGAAAAGCCACCAAAACCAAGACAGUAUGAUUGGCUUGAAUGUAUGAGAUAUUCAUGUGAAGCCUGAGUGUGUGCAAUGUACUGUUAGAGACACAUCCAGUUAUUUAAAAGUUGUAAGCAUGCACAAAUGUAUCAGUAGCGCUGUAUCUUCUCAUUUUAUGUCUCCCUUUAGCCACGGCUUUUGUCAGUCUAUUAAUGUUUAUUUUAAAAAAGCAAAAAAAAAAUGUCACUGUGUAAUGAAUUUUCCUUUUCUGGUAAAUUUCCAUUUGACAAUUAUUGAGUAGGAUGAAAAAUAAAUGAAUUGUCUUUCUACUUUUCAUGGACUACACUGGAUUCUAAUGCAAAAAUACACCAAGGUACUUGAAGGAGAAAAUUUACAAUAGGGAAGAAACUGCAGAACAUCUGGCAGACUUCUCUGGCUGAUGUUAAAGUACCACAGAAGUGAUAACAUUUCUUGGUAACAUGCUUUUAGGAAUGUUCAGCUUGUUCUGCACAGUUUAAUCUGUAUGACUGCACUAUAAAGGGUGGGAGGGGGGAAGAAAUGUACAUAUUUCAGUACCACAUAUAUUUAUAGAAAAGUGUACAGUUGUCUGAAUGUUAAAAUAAAAUGCAAUUAAACCAC